AUGCGCAUGAACGAAAUGCUUCCACUCGCACUGCAGACGUCUUAUAUCAGUCGUGCGCAAUAUCCAGUGAAUCUGAUCUCCAGCGAGACUACGACGUACAAAGACAAGCUACAAUCCUACAGGAAACGUCUAGACGAUGCUGAAGCAGAUCUGUGCUUGGUAGACGGGGAAGACGAAGUGGACGCAAUUUUCGAGGUGCCCAUAAUUGACAUGUCUACUGAUGACAGCCAAGUCAGGCAGAAACGAAACAUCCACACUCCUUCCAAGCUUACUGAGUGGCUUGGUGUAACAACCACCGACGUUCUCAACAAGCCAAAUGUGCAACACGUUCGUGCCGCGAAACGAGAUCCGAAAUGCCGCUUCAUGUAA